UGAACUGGGCCGGCCGUCGCUGCAUUCCCCCUUCCGCUGCCCAACGACCCUUCCCGUCCGCUGGCAACCCUCGCCUCCGCGUGGCACUCCAGGGCUCCAGACCCCGCCGCCGCCCUAAGCCAGACGCUGAGGCUUGUGGUCUCUUCGCCGGAGACGAGCACCAACCAGCAAUUUGAAAGGCCUCGAUUCGAUUCGCCCGUGGUUUACUGAGCAAAUUCUUCGCAUGGCACGGGACUCAGGAUGCAAUGUUUGGUCCGGAAUGUCUGCCGAGCCGGAAGCCGUGGAGCGGCGGCGAGGCUCCUGGAGCUUGCCGCGGCUGGUCCGGGUGCGACGCAGCCAUCCGUGGCCGUCAAACUCCUCAGGCCGCCUUACGAGUUCACACGUCCGAUCGGGGUAGUUCAACCCGUACGUGUGCAGAGCCGGGCCGUUUCGCGUGAUGGCCUCGUUCCUGCCGCGGCCACCUCCGGUUUUGGUCUCUGCGCACAAGUUAUCGUCGCGAUGAGGGGUCUGUCGACGGUGGGGAGUGCGGCCGAGGUCGCUUCUGAUUCGGACGAUUCCACCUCCCCUGCGGUUGAGCACCCCCCGCGCAUCAAGUUCAAGAGGCCCGACAAGACCGCCAGGCACAUUAUGAAUAUCCUAAACAAAGAGGCGGUCGAAAAGGUCCGCUCGGAAAGGGAGAUUCCUGAUGUGCAGCCUGGAUGCAUCAUUCAGAUGAGAUUGCAAGUUCCUGAGAACAAACGGCGUGAGUCGACGCUGAAGGGGAUUGUGAUAGGAAGGCGCAACGCCGGGAUCAAUACAACCUUCAGAUUGCGUAGAUUAGUGGCUGGUGUCGGAGUCGAGUCUGUCUUUCCACUUUACUCGCCAAACAUCAAAGAAAUCAAGGUAUUGGACAGGAAGAAAGUCAGGAGAGCUAAGCUGUAUUACCUGAGGGACAGGAUGAACGCACUUAGAAAAUGAGUCUUUCAGCUUGUUUCAAGGAAUUUCGCCGUGCGGAUCAGCACGGUUUCUGAAGCGCAACGGUUGCAGCCCUGAGAAUUGCAUUGUCUGGUUCCACAUCGUUGCAAAGCCAUAGCCUGUAGUUGUCGAUUGCCAUGCUUGGUUUUGAGCUGCAAGUGCUAGCAGAUAUAUGUUUUCCGACACAAUCAAAAAAAAUUGCGGUUAUUCCCUUUUCGAUUUACGACACUGUAGCUUCAUAGCACAAAAUAACGUGCUCAGAUCUAUUACUUCCCUCCGCACCUUUACUAUCUAGGAUGUAUGUGUUUUUUGACAUAAGCAAGCUGGAAAGUGAAAACUCUUAUGUGAUGCUUCCUGAUAUCGAGAUCA